GCUGAUUUAGCCAUUGCAUUUAACACCAACAUGAGCUCCACAGAAGAUCCUGAUUAUCCACAGCAACUCCUCAAUUAUAGAGAUGGAUUUAUUGUCUCAAAGGCCAUGUUUACAGCAUGCGAGCUGGGAGUGUUUGAUUUGCUACAUGAACUAGGGGAGCCUCUGACAACAGCAACCAUUGCUUCUCGCUUGUGUACCAGUGUAGAUGGAACAGACCGGCUGCUCACUGCCUGUGUUGGACUGAAACUCCUGAAAGUUGAAUUGAAAAAUGAUGAAGCUUAUUACUCCAAUACUGAUCUUUCCACCACAUAUCUGGUCAAGUCAAGUCCAAAGACAAUGUAUCCAAUGAUGAUGUACUGCACUAACACCGCCUAUAUCUGCUGGCAAUUCUUACCUGAAGCUAUAAGAGAAGGAAAAUGCCAGUAUGAAAGAGCAUUUGGGGUAUCUUCAGAAGAUUUAUUUAAUGCGAUUUACAGGUCAGAAGAGAUGUUGGUGACAUUUAUGGGUUUUAUGGACUCCAUAUCGAAUAACUUUGGGAAGUACGCGCUACAAGCUUUUGAUCUCUCUACGUUCCACACAGUCUGUGACCUUGGAGGAUGUUCGGGAUCUAUUGCAAAGCAAUAUGUGUCUACAUAUCCUGGAUCCAAUGUCACUAUUAUGGACCUGCCAAAAGUGAUACAAACAGCUAAGAGAUAUUUCAUAACAGAUAGUGAUCAACACAUAUCUCUCCUUGAAGGGUACAGUACUGUUCAGGAUUGGGAAUUUAGUAAAACCCUUUUGGUGAUACUUAUUGAAGCCGAGGUGGACUGUAGAGUUUCAUUAUCCCUGAUGAGAUUAGGAGAUUUCUUCACUGACCCAAUUCCUGAAGCAGACCUUUUUAUUUUAUCCUCUAUUAUUCAUGACUGGACAGAAGAGAAGUGUCAUCAUCUGCUGAAGAAAGUUUAUCAAUCCUGUAGGCCUGGAGGUGGUGUUCUGCUGAUUGAACAUCUAUUAAAUGAAGAUAAAAGUGGCCCUGUGGCUUCCCAGUUAUUCUCAUUAUACAUGUUGGUCCUGACGGAAGGCAGAGAAAGGACCCCAUCUGAAUACACCAAGCUCCUCACAGACUGUGGCUUCAGGGACAUACAAGUGAAAUCAACUGGAACGCGAUAUGAUGCAAUCCUGGGAAGAAAAUUACAGUAAUAUUAAUUUUUUGGUUUAUAGAUAUGAUUCUACGUAUGUGUCUGUAACAGCCUGGUUGUUUUCUUCCCUGUAUUAAUAUCAUAUUAUUAAAGAAAACAUACUAUUUUUAUCAUUUAAUAACUUAUCACAAUAACUAAUUACAGCUAUAUACAUUUUAAUAACUUCUUUGCAAAGUUAUAUGCAGGAAUUAUACCUCUUUAGGAUAAUUAGGAUAAUUCUAUUCAAGCAAGAUUGCAUGCAAGAUAUAGUAAAGUAAAGCAAAGUGUGUUUUCAUAACCAAUUAAUCUUCAAUAAAGUUCACAUAUAUUAUUAAACA